AUGAGCAUUACUUUAAUUACAUUCCCCACCAUCCUCUCAUUCAUUCAGUUACUUUUUCAUUCCCUCACCAUUUCAUUCAUUUUCUUACUAUUUUAUUCUCUCAUCAUCCCUUUCAUCCCUCUAUUCAUUCACUUUCUCACUAUUUUAUUCAUUUCCCCCAUCCUCCUCUCAUUCAUUCAUUACUCUUUCAUUCCCCUCACCAUUUCAUUCAUUUUCUUUACUAUUUUUUCUCUCAUCAUCCCAUUCAUUCACUUUUUUAUUCUCUCAUUUUCAUUCCCCAUCCUCUCAUUCAUUCAGUUACUCUUUCAUUCCCUCACCAUUUCAUUCAUUUUCUUAAUAUUUUAUUCUCUCAUCAUCCCAUUCAUUCCUCUCAUUUUCAUUACUUUUUUCAUUCCUCACCAUUUCCCAUUCAUUUUCUUCCCCAUUUUUCUCUCAUCAUCAUCCUUCCUAUUUUAUUCAUUCCCAUUCUUUAAUUUCAUUUCCCCCAUCCUUUCUCAUUCAUUCAUUUUUACUUCAUUCCCAUUAAUAUCUUUUCUCAUUCCCUCACCCCAUUCAUUCAUUUUUUUUUCUUACCCAUUCAUUCUUUUAUUCUCAUCAUCAUCCCAUUUCAUUCAUUCUCUCAUCAUCCCAUUCAUUCAUUCCCCCCAUCCCUCAUUCAUUCAGUUACUCUUUCAUUCCCUCACCAUUUCAUUCAUUUUCUUACUAUUUUAUUCUCUCAUCAUCCCAUUCAUUCCACUUUUCAUUCCCCCCAUCCCCAUUCCCAUUUUCCUACUUUCUUUAUCACCAUCUUUCAUUCCUCUCACCAUUUCAUUCAUUUUCUUAUUUUUUAUUCUCUCCCCCAUUCAUUUUCAUUUUCCCCCCAUCAUUCAUUCAUUUUCCUAUUUUUUUACUCUUUCAUUCCCCUCACCAUUUCAUUUAUUUUCUUAUUCUAUUUUCAUUCUCUCAUCAUCCCAUUCAUUCCCUCACCAUUUUCACAAUCAUUCCCCAUUUCAUUCCCCCAUCCUCUCAUUCAUUCAGUUACUCUUUUCAUUUUCUUUAUUUUUAUUCCUCACCAUUUCAUUCAUUUUCUUACUAUUUUAUUCUCUCAUCAUCCCAUUCAUUAACUUUUUCCUAAUUUCAUUCCCCCCAUUCUCAUUCAUUCAUUACUCUUUCAUUCCCUCACCAUUUUCAUUUUCAUUUUCUUAUCCCUUAUUCUCUCCUCUCAUCAUCCCAUUCAUUUCAUUCAUUUUCUUUAAUUUCAUUCCCCAUCCUCUCAUUCAUUCAGUUAUUUCUUUACUUUUCAUUCCCUCACCAUUUCAUUCAUUUUCUUACUAUUUUAUUCUCUCAUCAUCCCAUUCAUUAACUUUAAUUUCAUUCCCCAUCCUCUCAUUCAUUCAGUUACUCUUUCAUUCCCUCACCAUUUCAUUCAUUUUUUCAUUUUAUUCAUUUUCAUUAACUUUAACAUUCCCCCAUUCUCAUUCAUUCUUACUCUUUCAUCAUCCCAUUUUCUUACUAUUUUAUUCUCUUCAUCCCAUUCAUUCCCCCCAUUCUCUCAUUCAUUCAGUUAUUCUUUUCAUUCCCUCACCAUUUCAUUCAUUUUCUUACUAUUUUAUUCUCUCAUCAUCCCAUUCAUUCAACUUUAUUAAUUUCAUUCCCCCAUCCUCUCAUUCAUUUCAGUUUUACUCUUUCAUUCCCCUCAUUUCAUUUAUUUUCUUUUAUUCUUUUUCUUAUUUUUAUUCUCUCAUCAUCCCAUUCAUUCCUUUAAUUUCAUUUCCCCAUCCUCUCAUUCAUUCAGUUACUCUUUCAUUCUCUCACCAUUUCAUUCAUUUUUCUUACUUUUUAUUCUCUCAUCAUCCCUUACUCUUUCAUUCCCUCACCAUUUCAUUCAUUUUCUUACUAUUUUAUUCUCUCAUCAUCCCAUUCAUUCACUUUAAUUUCAUUCCCCCCAUCCUCUCAUUCAUUCAGUUUAUUUUCUCUUUUCAUUCCCUCACCAUUUCAUUCAUUUUCUUACUAUUUUAUUCUCUCAUCAUCCCAUUCAUUAACUUUAAUUUCAUUCCCCCCAUCCUCUCAUUCAUUCAGUUACUCUUUCAUUCCCUCACCAUUUCAUUCAUUUUCUUACUAUUUUAUUCUCUCAUCAUCCCAUUCAUUAACAUUAAUUUCAUUCCCCCCAUCCUCUCAUUCAUUCAGUUACUUUUUUUCAUUCCCUCACCAUUUCAUUCAUUUUCUUACUAUUUUAUUCUCUCAUCAUCCCAUUCAUUAACUUUAAUUUCAUUCCCCCCAUCCUCUCAUUCAUUCAGUUACUCUUUCAUUCUCUCACCAUUUCAUUCAUUUUCUUACUAUUUUAUUCUCUCAUCAUCCCGUUCAUUAAAUUUAAUUUCAUUCCCCCCAUCCUCUCAUUCAUUCAGUUACUCUUUCAUUCUCUCACCAUUUCAUUCAUUUUCUUACUAUUUUAUUCUCUCAUCAUCCCAUUCAUUAACUUUAAUUUCAUUCCCCCCAUCCUCUCAUUCAUUCAGUUACUCUUUCAUUCCCUCACCAUUUCAUUCAUUUUCUUACUAUUUUAUUCUCUCAUCAUCCCAUUCAUUCACUUUAAUUUCAUUCCCCCCAUCCUCUCAUUCAUUCAGUUACUCUUUCAUUCCUCUCCAUUUCAUUUAUUUUCUUACUAUUUUAUUCUUUACUCUUUCAUUCCCUCACCAUUUCAUUCAUUUUCUUACUAUUUUACUCUCUUUUCAUUCUCUUUCAUCCCCCAUCCUCUCAUUCAUUCACUUUUCAUUCCCUCACCAUUUCAUUCAUUUUCCCCUCAUCAUCCCAUUCAUUCACAUUAAUUUCUCCUCUCAUUCAUUCAGUUACUCUUUCAUUCCCUCACCAUUUCAUUCAUUUUCUUACUAUUUUAUUCUCUCAUCAUCCCAUUCAUUAACUUUAAUUUCAUUCCCCCCAUCCUCUCAUUCAUUCAGUUACUCUUUCAUUCCCUCACCAUUUCAUUCAUUUUCUUACUAUUUUAUUCUCUCAUCAUCCCAUUCAUUAACAUUAAUUUCAUUCCCCCCAUCCUCUCAUUCAUUCAGUUACUCUUUCAUUCCCUCACCAUUUCAUUCAUUUUCUUACUAUUUUAUUCUCUCAUCAUCCCAUUCAUUAACUUUAAUUUCAUUCCCCCCAUCCUCUCAUUCAUUCAGUUACUCUUUCAUUCCCUCACCAUUUCAUUCAUUUUCUUACUAUUUUAUUCUUUCAUCAUCCCAUUCAUUCACUUUAAUUUCAUUCCCCCCAUCCUCUCAUUCAUUCAGUUACUCUUUCAUUCCUCACCAUUUCAUUCAUUUUUUCUUACUAUUUUAUUCUCUCAUCAUCCCAUUCAUUCACUUUAAUUUCAUUCCCCAUCCUCUCAUUCAUUCAGUUACUCUUUCAUUUUCCCUCACCAUUUCAUUUAUUUUUUCUUACUAUUUUAUUCUCUCAUCAUCCCAUUCAUUAACUUUUUAUUCUCUCAAUUUAAUUCCCCCCAUUCUCUCAUUCAUUCAGUUACUCUUUCAUUCCCUCACCAUUUCAUUCAUUUUCUUACUAUUUUAUUCUCUCAUCAUCCCAUUCAUUCACUUUAAUUUCAUUCCCCACAUCCUCAUAGUCAUUUUCUUAUUCUUUAAUUUUCAUAUCUUUUCAAUUCCUCUCGUUUCUUUUUAUUCACUUGCCUCUCAUUCAUUCUUUUAUUACUUUGUUCCCUCCUGCUCUUAUUCAUUCUCUUACUCUUUCAUUCCUUCACCUCUCCUUCAUUUUUUUCUUUCAUUCCCUCAUCCUCUCAUUCAUUCAGUUUCUCUUUCAUUCCUUCAUCUUCUCUUUCAUUCUCUUACUAUUCCUUCAUUUUUUAUUCAUUCUAUUCAUAUUUUAUUCCCUCGUAUUCUCAUUCAUUCUCUUACUCUUUCAUACCCUCACCCUCUCAUUCAUUCUCUUGCUAUUUUAUUGCCUCGUCCUCUCAUUCAUUUUCUUACACUUUUAUUCCUUCAUCUUCUCUUUCAUUCUCUCAUUAUUUCACCCCUUCUUCCUUUCAUUCAUUCUUUUGAUAUCUUAUUCCGUCGUACACUCAUUCAUUUUUGUACUCUUUCAUUCCUUUCUCUUUCAUUUCACAUCUUUUCUCUCUCUCUCUCUCUCUUCUUUUCAUUCACUCAUCCCUCACCCCGAUCAACCUCACCAAAUUUCCUCCUCCUCCAUUUCUCUUCUUGCAAACUCACACUUUUCCAAAGAAGACAUAUCACUUCAUUCCUAAAAUUAUUUUCUCUUCUUCCCUUUCUCUCUCAGAGGAAUCCAUUUUUUUUGAUAACCCAGGUCACAUGA